AUGGAUGUGUCAACUGUAGCUACUAUUAUUGGUUUAUUCUUACCAUGGAAAGAGGUGAUCGAACGUUUACAAGCGACUAAUACACAAUCUCUCCAUCUGGUAGUUACAUCUUACUGGUAUCUUCUCGAAAGUCUGGUAGUGACGAACGAUGAAGUAGUUGAUAAAGCAGCCCAAGGUGUUGUCUUUUUUAAAAGACAUGCACGACAAUUAUUAAAAGCAAUGUUCUCUUUGCACGAUCUACAUUGGAUCGUUGCAAUACGCAAUCCACAUACAAGAAUGCUUAAACAUGCUACUGAUGUUGAACGUGCACAUGCAUAUUGUCUAGUGCGAGCUAAAGUAGCUAAACUUAUGGAAAUAGCACAGAUUGAUAAUAAUGAAGAAGUAUUAUCUCCAGCAACUAUUAGUUCAACACUAUCACCUCGCAAAAAGUUGAAGUCCUACACAACACAAUUUCAUGAUGACACAGAUUUAGGUGAAAGAAGUAGCAAUAUGACAAUUGCAAAACGUGCUCGUCGUGAAUUAGAAAUCUAUUUACAACUGAAAUUAACUAAUUGUAAAUGUUUAAAUGAUGAUAUUGACAAUCCAUUGUUGUUCUGGAAAGAACAAGAACAUGUACUACCCAAUAUGCCACGAUUAGCAAAACAAAUUUUUUCCAUUCCUACCUCUUCAGCUGCGGUAGAACGCGAAUUCAGUUCAGCCGGUAUUGUUGUAUUACAGAGAAGAAUCAAUAUCAAUCCAUCUACAGUUAAUGAUAUUAUACUUAUUCGAUCGGCUGCAGCUUAG